CCGGCCGCCAGUUCAUUGCAGGGCUGCGUAAAGGCUGGCAUUUAAAACAGAGUAUUGCAGAGGAGGGAGAUAAUACUUCGCUCUGCCACCACCACCACUCCCUCCACCACCACCACCACCGUCACCACCACCACCACCCUCUCCACCAUCACCACCACCACCCCAACCCCACUCCUUGUAAAUCGAAGUCAUAAACCGCUUAACAUCUGCGGGAAUGAAAACUCCGACGAGGAAGUAGCGAGUGUUGUGGCACUUAAUUGAAUAUCGCAUCUUGAGGGUUAAAGUGUGGCGACCCCGAUGCCCUGCAUCAUCCGAGUCUCUUGGGACGACUGCAGCACCUGCGAUCAAUUCGUUGCAAUUGUGGCACACAGUGUGGCAGUGCGCGCCGUGUCUCGGCGGGCAAACCUCCAGCCUUUCUCCAAAACUACACACAGAAGUUCAAGGAACAAAGAAGCAAAGGGAAGAUUUUAUUUUUGCAACGCAGAAUGGUGAAUUAAAUUGCACCUCUAUUCGGAAUAGAUUUGCGGAAUAACGCCGUUCCCAGUGAUGUAACAUCGCGGGCUUGCUGGACCUAAAUUGUUUUUUAAAAAAAGUUAUAUUUUUCAAAAAAAAAGUUUUGCUGGGAUAAAGUUUGAGCCAAUCAGAAGCGCAGUGGGGGCGCUCUGCUCCGCGGAUGGUUGCAGUUGCAAGGGUUUGAGCGGCGCUCUCCGUAAUGUAACCAAGUCAGCCAGGCACCCGGGGGAAGGUGAGAGAGGAAAGCCAUCUAUCUGAACGUGUGCUCAACCACUGGCUACAACACCUCCCGAUCUUGGACACAUAAUCCCUUCCAGAAUGGAUAUACCGAAGGCUGCAGCGCUGGUGUGGUGCGCCCUUUGCUGCUGUUGGGAUUUCCUUUGUGUCCUUGAAGCUGCCACACUGGGAUCUCUACAGGAUUCCCCUGCUCAGGAUGCUCUGGGUCCCUCAUCACCUCUGGACAGCAAGCACGAUCGGACCUUCAAGCGCCAGCGUCUCCACACCGGCUCUGUGGUGCCGCACGAGUACAUGGUGUCACUUUACAGGACCUUGUCGGAGUGUGAAAGGAGAGGGUUGAACAGCAGCCUGGUCCGUGCCCGACCCCGUGCCAACACUGUCACCAGCUUCGUGGACCAAGGAAAUGACGGAGUUCCCCAUGAGAAGAAACAGAGAUAUCUGUUUGAUAUUUCCAAAUUGCCCAAUACAGAGGAGCUAGUUGGAGCCGAGUUGAGGAUUUUUCGAAAGUUGCCGGGAGACCUCCACGGGAUGCUGUCCCUGGGGGGCAGUAUGUAUCGUAUUCUACUUUAUUCCUGUAACCAACUGGGGGACUACCCACCGAAGCGGCUCGACUCGAGGACAGUAGACAUAUUGGACGUCGAUUCGUCGAAAUGGCAAGUGUUCGACGUGUGGGAUUUAAUGAAAAGCCACAUCACUGCUAACCUGCUGUGUUUAGAUGUGGAAAUCAUUUCCGAUUACUCCCAGGAGGCCUUAGAUCCGAGACAUUUGGGAUUCAAUCGCUCUGAUCUGCAGCCUCGGGAGAAAGCUUUGUUGGUGGCGUUCAGCAACGCGAAGAAAAGGGAAAACCUAUUUCGGGAGAUCAGAGAGAAAAUCAGAUCUCUGGGUGGGGCGGACUCACUACAAACCAGCCGUGAGCCCAGUGUCAAGCGCCGCAGAAAAAGGAGGACCGCGUUCUCCAGUAGGUCUAGCAGAGGAAGUGGGAAAAGAGCCAGGUCGAGAUGCAGCAGGAAACCUCUUCAUGUCAACUUCAAGGAGUUGGGAUGGGACGAUUGGAUUAUCGCGCCUUUAGACUAUGAGGCCUACCAUUGUGAAGGGAUCUGCGACUUCCCGCUCAGAUCCCACCUUGAACCCACUAACCACGCCAUUAUACAAACGCUGAUGAACUCCAUGGACCCCGAGUCCACGCCGCCCAGUUGUUGCGUCCCAUCUAAACUCAGUCCCAUCAGCAUACUGUACAUCGACUCGGGCAACAAUGUAGUCUAUAAACAAUACGAAGACAUGGUGGUGGAAUCAUGCGGAUGCAGGUAGCGCCUUGACCCUGGUCCUCCAAUCUGAUUUUACAUGAGGCUAAAUACUGCAGCGGGGUUGAUCAAUGCUAAUGCGCCCAAUUAUUGUCAAGGGCAUCUCAGCGAGGGGCUGCCGUGGGGAGGAUCGACUCUGGCCGCGGGGAACGGCGUCUUCCUGGCCCCGACCACUGCAUCAAGCUGGCGAAAGAUCCAACCAUCUAAGGCUUCAAGGUUUGGGGAAUUGGAUAAUGAGUUGUACAAAAUACACCCAUGUUCUUAAUUUGUGGUUAAGAUGGAGACCGGACCCUAAUGCAUCAGUCGAUACCUAUUUUUUCCCCCAAAAACCUCCAGCGAUGGGUGCUGACAGUUUGGGAAGUUCACUUAAACGUAAAAUCCGUUCCAUCUGCUCUUUCUGUAGCGUGACUUAGCGCGCACAUUCACUCAUUUUUUUGCAACCUGAUCAGCGAACUGCCCUAGCGGGGGCAUCCCUGCUGCAAGGAAGGAGCGGCCGAUCUGGUUUUGAUCAUUAUUAACAUGUGCUAACAAACGUGAGCCAGCUGCAAGCGGAAGGCCUAGACGGCAAUCAUUGAAAGGAAAAGCCAGCUCUAUCCUCGGCAAGAUCGCAUAUCUGUCUGUCGCAGAUUAACCCAUCAAGCACAGAGAAUAGGCAGAGAUGGCUACGCCUCGCCCACUCACCCCAUCUCCACCCGCCUCUGCGUGGAUCUAAAACAUUCGACUGUUAAAGCACCACCGACAUUCAUAGAACAGUAAUGAUUCCAUUAAAAUCGCAUCAAAUCCGCGGUCUAAUUUGAAAGAAAAAAUACACUGUUACAAUCCUAAAUCAGUUUACACAUGAUGUCUCAUUGGAACAUUCAGUAUCAACAUAAUCGGCAGUGGUACAAAUAUGAAAAUAUUACAAAGGCCAAUCGUGUUUCCACGUUUAUAUUUGCCAUUUGAAAAAAAUAUACUAAUAUUUUACUUUCCUCGCGUAAUAUUCCAAGUUAUUGUUUAAGGCAUACGAAGUGAACGUAAACCUGUCCAUUUAGGGGACGAGAAUGUUUUUAAAAGGUUAGACUUUCCAGGGUCGCUGGGAGCAUUUUUGUAGAGGGUUUACUGAGUGCCAUUGAUGGUAAUGGUAGGUAUAUCUGAAAGCACCAGUUGUGGUUUCAUAUCUACAGCAAUCUUGGAUUAGUGCAGGGUUUCAUUUGCUUUCCUAUCUUUAUAGCAAGUACGUUUUUACGUACGUUUUUCUGUUAAUACGUUCAAUAUGUUUCCCUCGUCAGCCCCCGUCAGUGGAUAUAGAUUCUCCCUACAACAACAAAAAAAAAAAGUUUUACAUUUCCUCUUAACUUUUCCCCCCUGUACAAGACAAGUCAUCAUUUCUACAGUUUCUAGCCACUUCUUCUCUCAAAUCAAGCAAAUGACCGUUCGCUCUUUCCAAGCCUUGAUACUUCCAUGUGACGGACAAAAUUGAACAUAUCUCCACAGUUACACAUUAUUCAGCGAUCCAUAAAUAUUUACCUCAAUUAUCUUCUUAAAAAAUAUUCUACCCAUUUAUUUAUAAAGUGAAGGUUGAUGUGCGAAUUUAAAAAUCCUAAAAAAGAUUUGAAGUUACUAAAUGAUGCCAUGUGGUCUGUCUGAUUUUGACCACCAUCACAAGCAAACAUGCAGAAUGUUGAUUUGCUUCUUGCCUAUUAGUCUCUCAAUGGCGUGUUCCAAGACAUUAAUUACCUCCCGGUACAACUCAUACCAUGCAGCUACAAAUAACAAUGGGACAAAUGACCCGUAAUCCUUUCAAGACAGGGAGCUCAAAGGAGGAACAUUGGCUGGUACUGAGAAAUGAGCAGCUUCAGAAUGAGUAUAGAUACUCCCUGGACCGAUGAGUUACUCUAGCACUUUGUGCUAGAUUCCAGCAUCUACAGUUCAUUGUCUCUUAAGAAUGUGACAGUUGCAAAUUGGAGCAUCAAAAUGAAUUUUACCUUAAAUAUUGUUUAGGUUCCUUAGGAGGCGCCGGAAUAAUAUAGCUGUCGUUCUUUAAUGAAUUAUCUUUCAUAAAGUCCUGCUCUCGAUAUCUGUUGUCCGCCCACGGUUCCUGAAUGCAGUAACUGUCAAUUGCAGUCUAUUGGUUGUGCAUUCCCCCCCUAGAUUAUUGACAAUGAGGUAUCGAAUGUGCGAUACGUUAGCUUAGAGAAAUCUUGUUGUGAAAAGCAAGGGGACUAGAAAAAAAACCUACCCUAAAACGAUCCCUGCAUUAAAAAUGUCAUCGACUAUGAAAUCUGUAUACAGUCGUGUCCUGCUAUCAUGUCCCCCACUUCUUUAGUGUGUAUAAUGACUAUUAUUAGUUAUGAUAUUCAAUUUCUAAAACGGAUAUAUUAUCCGUGUUAUCCAGAGUUCGCAGCAGAACACGGUUGUUGGUUGUACUUACAAUGGGACCGUCUACUCGAGCCAAUCGACACAAAGCUGGAAUCUGGGCCCGCGCAGAAUUCGUGUGAAUGGAAAUUUAGGAAACUGAAAAAACAUGCGAGUGAAAAGUCCCUAGCCCUGUUCUCUAUAGUCCCCCACUUCCAUAAU